AUGGAGAAUCCUGGGCGUCCCAUGUCAAAAUUCGUCACCCUCGGCGGAAAUCCAGCUGAAGUAGCCAGCGAUGACAGUGUCCGUAGGCUCGUUCGGUCCAACGCAAGUCGUUCCACUCGCAGGGGAGGUGCGGGUGGUGCAAGUCUCCGAAGCAAUACCCGUACGCCCAACACAGUCCUUGUACCUGCAUUGCAUCGUGAUCUGGCAUCUGGGAAAUCUCGAUUUGCUCUUACGUCCAGAAAACCCCUGACACGAGUCCGUCGCCAAGCGCCACCGAAAUCCGGAAACAGCCUCGAGACCGAGCAUCUGAAUCCCCAAAAUCUAUCAUCACAUCCCACAGGUGGCCAAAAUGGUAGCCCAGGGUCAGUUUCUUCAAAUGGCGCUCUGUUGGGAUCUCCCGAGAGCCUACUUUUCAAACCCAUGUAUUCGUCCAGUUAUAUGUCAGUUCAGACGAGGCCCAAGGUCUCAGUUAUGGCCCGACAGUUCUUCAGUCAGGUUGUCCAGAUCCAACACAGCCACCCUCAAAGCAUGCUCAAUUCUCUCGAGGGUCUGUUCAAAAGAGAUCAAGCCAUUUUCCACGCCAGCUUAUCCAUCGCAUCUGUAUUCUACGACACUGGUGCGAACGACCUUUUCCAUUGCCAACAAACGUUAAAUCUCGUGGCUCGGCGAUUAAGUGACCGUGCGCUACAAAUUAAAGAUGAGACUAUAGGGGCGGUGGGACUUCUUGUGAUACACAAUAUUUUCACAGGUUCCGUUGAGAACUCGAAUUUACAUAUGAACGGGUUACAGCAGAUGGUAGAAGCGCGUGGAGGUCUAAGCCAACUCCCAACCGGACUAAGGAAAACACUAGGCCAGUACGUUUGUCUUGUAGUCCGAGGACCUUACAAUAAAAAAAGGCAGACCCAAUCUGACGCUCCUAUCAGGAUAGAUACCUUCCACGCCACGACUUGGAACUGCCAUCCCCGCUUUCCAUUCAUCCAACCACACGACGAUCUGACCUCCGUCCUCGGCGAAUCGUUAUCUAGCAACGACUUGCGAUUGCUAAAGCUAUACGAGAAGAAUUACAUGACCUGGUCAAAGCAUGAUGUUCUGCAGGUACUGAAGAUCAUAACCGCUGUGAGAUUUUCCGAUCCACUCGCAGUCUUCAACAGACUUGCCCUGAGCGACGCCGACUAUCUAUUGGAAUACCGACUCCUCAGCAUGCCAGAAGAAAAAGAAAGUCCCAAUCCCGAGUUCAGCGCUGGUAUCCAGCAGCUGUUCCGCCUUGCGGUUUUCAUAUACAUCAACAAGGUGCUUCGGGCGAUGCCGCCCUUGAAUCUGGGUAGUAUUGUGAGUAGGCUUACGGACACGCUGAGGACGACUUUAUCUCUUGAUUCAGACAGGCUGUUCAAUCAUCCUGAUUUAAAUAUAUUAUUGUGGACUUUGUUCAUCGGCAGGGUUGCUGGUCGUAAUGUAGGCGAGCGACGCUAUCUGUUGAGGGAAUUAGUCCGGGUUUGCGGAUUCUUAGACCUUCGGCGGAGUGCUGAGUUUGAGAAGUGUUUGGAUGAAGUUGGACCGGCAUUACAACCAUUCAAGACUGAGUGCGAGGAGAUCUGGAUAGAGAUUGAGGAUUUUAAGAGUACGGAAUCACAUUAUAUCUAG